AGGUAUUUGGAGUUGUUGUAAUCCCGGACUUCAAACUCGACAAAUCGGGGGAUUGGGGGGAGGUCAGCGGCGCUGGAAUCGUGGGAUUGGGGUGGUCAGCAAGGUCGAAAUCGGAGGGGGACGCCGGAUUCUUGGGAAAAGCUAAGGGAGUGGCGACGGUGGUGGGUGUUUUUCUCGAUGAUGAAGUUGCCCAGCCAGCCCGAUUUACAGUGCAAAUCGGAUGUUAUUAAGAGUUUGUGAUAUUAAUAAAUUACAAAACAAUUUUGGUGUCUGACUUCACUAACAGUUCCUCUGCAAAUGCAAACAAAGAAUCAAUAAUUAAAGAAUGCCCACCCAAAUAAAAUCAAACAAGAGGCCCAAAAUUAAUUUAAUUAUAAAAAUAAAAACCCCCUUUUUAAAUAUUUUAUUUACUUUUUUAUUUUCGAAGGAAUAAAGGAAAGAUUACCCAUCUUAGUUUGUUUUUCUGGGUUUUUUUUUUUUUUUUCUAAGCCAACCUCUCAUUCUCUCUCCUCUUCUUUGCCAAGCAAAUUUUCAGGUUGAUGCUGGAUCUUUGAGAAUUUGCUGUAUUAUCAGAGAAUUGAAGAGAUGAUGCUCUAGGGUUUUGCUUAUAUGGUACUGUUCAGUUGAGAAUCUUGAGAUCCUCUGGUGCAAUUUGAUAUUGGGUUUGCUCAAUUUUUCAUUUGGUUUGAUGGAUUUUUAUUGUUUUCAUGGUGUGAUGUUGCUACUCUCCAAGUUUUUCUGAUUAUCUCAAGUGAAGGGUGUUUGAGGAUUUGCAUCUUUUUUCAUUUGAUUGCGUUAAUCUUAGUGAUCUUCAAUAGGGGUGUCGUAGCUCUGAGUGUUCGUUUUUCGAUUCCGGUUUCAAUAUCAGUUGGUUGUAACUUGGAGUUUUCGUUUUCGAUUUUAAUUGGUUCAAGUGAAGUGAAAGUAGAAGCUGAUAUAUUAGAUUACUUUAACUAAGUGUUGGGAUUCAGGAAGAUAAUUUGCUGGUAUUUUUGUGAUUGUUGAAUUUUUUGUCAUAGUUUUGAUAUGGUUGUUCUGUUUCAUUGUUAACAACUGACUGUAGCUGAUCAGUCUUUUGGGUGGUUUCAAAGGGCAUCUUUUUCCUGUAUAAGAUGGAAAGUGACAUGGGAAGGGAGGGGUUGAGAUUGAAGGUUGAAAUUAAAGAAGAGGAGCAGAUACCUUCUGAGAUGGAAAUUGAUUACGGUGGAACUGAGAGUCCCAAGUUUGAAAUUGAAAGCAAAAUUUCCGAGCUAGGUGAGGGAAGUAAUGUUGUGUUUGCGAGAGAAGGGCCGCUAUAUAUGGAGGACACUGGAAUGUCCAAGGUUGGAUGCUAUGGUUCUAAGAAGCAGAAAUCGAAGGCAGUGACGACAAGUUCUCAGUUGGGGAAGAAAGGUAGUGUAGGAAAUGAAAAGAAGCUCAGUAGACAAGAUAGGAUUGAGCUGGGAAAACUUUUUCAAAGUGCUGUGAGCUCUCAUGAUUGGGACUUGGCAGAAAGUUUGAUUCUGAUUGCUGAUCCACUAACUCUUAAUGAUUUCCUUUGCAUCUCAUUGGAUUCGAUAUGGUUUCUUACUACACACGAGGAGUUACAUGGUAUUACGGGACUAGUAAAGAAGAUAAUAGCUAAUGGAGCUUAUGACUUCACAAGAGCAGCUCUUCGAACUUCGUUUCUCGCAUCUUGUGUCUCUGCAUGUCAGAGCCGAACAAUGGACCUAGCAGAUACAGUGACUGUGAUGGCCCAAAGGUUGCAUGAGCGACUUCAGGAAUGCAAUGGUGAUGAUGUUUUGAAGGCAGAGGCUGGUGCUAAGGUCCAAAAGUUCACUGAAUGGGCUCUGAAAUGCAUUGGCUUUCAUUCUCGGUGUCAUGAGAACAAAGAGAAAAUGCAUCGUGAUUCUGCUGCUGAGAUACAGCUUCAACUGUCCGCCUUUAAGAUAUUUCUUGAUCUUGCUGGAAGCAAUCUCACUGGAAAGGACUUUACUGAGGCCUUUGAUGCUGCUUGCUUCCCUCUUACUUUGUUUAGUAGUUCAUUUGAUCCUGGAUGGUCUUGUGGAGCAUCAGCUACUGCUAUACAAGGGCUCCUUGGUAUGCUGGUCGAGGGUGGUGCUGAUAAUGUAAACCAGUGUUUUCUUGAAGCCUCACGUUUUGGCAGCACUGAGUUAGUGCUCAUUUUGUUGCAGAUUGCUCAGCGUAACAGCUUGGAUGUGGAUGUUGAUCUGGCCUUGGGUUUUGCUUCUCAUUAUGGCAAGAUCAACACAAUGGAGUGUUUGGUAGAAGAAGGUAAUGCCAUGGCGUUUUUAGGACCUCUAAUGCGAGCAGCCGAGAGGGGGUGUUUGCCAGUUGUCCAGUGGUUUGUUGGUAGAGGUUGCCAAGACAUGGAAUUAUGUCUUGCGCUGACCGCUGCCACCUCAAGCAGCCAAGUCGAGGUUGCUUCUUACCUUCUUCCCCAAGUACCACAACAUGUUCUUACCGCACUCAGCAUUGAAAUCCUCAAAGCAGCUGGAGAGAGAAGUGGUGGGUCCCUUGAGGGAGUUGCUUUUCUUCUCCGCUCAGACUUUCUAGGAGAUCCAACAGGCACAUAUGCUGUUGCAGAUAGCAUUGCUCGGUCAGAGGACGAUUCAGUUGCUCCCGAGCUUCGUACAUUUCUCCGGGAGCAGUGGUCGGAGGAUGCCUUCACGGAUGGCUUGUUACAAGGCCAAGAACAUUUUGUUAACAUGGUUAGAAUUUUAAACCGAGGAGAAUCUCCUCUUUGCCUUGGAGAUCUUCCUCCACCGUUGAGGGUGGCAAUCGCCUACUUGCCAGUGUAUAGAGAGAGCGUGAAGGCAGGUGGGUGUUUGUUAUCUCAAAAGCUAAGAGGUCAACUUGUGGAAGCCGUCAGGAGGCUUGGAGGUGGGUUACUUGGAGAUGCAAGCCAAUGUCACGAGCUUUUAGCUGUCUUAGAGCACCAUCUUCGACCAUUUUUGCCCGGCAUGUAUUCAACAACCUAAGCAUAAAACGCCAUCAGCAACUGCAACUUCCUUUCGCAGGUUCGCAGAUGCUGCCUUUUCUUUUCUCCUUUUUAACUUCAUACCAUAGGAAAAAUAAGUAAGAUCACAUUGUUAGCAAGGGUUUUGAGGCUGCUGCCGCUGACAUAUAGCUAGCUUCCAAGAGUCUCUCUCCGUCACUCCUCAUCCGCACUUCCUCUCGGUGUGUUAACUUAUGAUAAUGAUAUUGGUCCAUGUGCAUUCUAUGUACAAUGUAAAAUAGAAGAAAAUCACAUGUACUGUAGAAAGAGACGGAUGGGUCGGUUACGACAUCCGGGGGGUGGUGGUAUCCAUGUAUAUUUAGCGACUAUGCUUAUGUGAGGGAUUGAGGGUCCAUCUAAUGGCUGUACUAGUCUGUUUCACUUCAACUUGGUUAUAAGUCAGGUGCCUGGAAUUGUCACCUUGCUUUUUCAAUGAGCUUCAAUUUUAGUCUGAAAUUAUUAUUCUUGUUGCA